UGACGCAUUUAGGCAACAUCUGCCGAAAAUCGUCGCUGGUCCAUUUCGUCAACUUCAAGUUAACUUGUGUAGACGUGUAGAGAAAAUGCAGAACUGACUGUGAACAUUUCGGAAAGCCGAGUGUGCUGAGUGAGGAUGGAUGAGGAAGCGCACGCCUCGGAGUGUCCAGUCUGUUAUGAGAGUUUUUCCGACGCAGCCCGGACGCUGAGUUGCGGACAUGCGUUUUGCCAUGACUGCCUGGUCGGGACCUUUGUGAGCUCAAACAGAGAUGGAGUUAUCACCAGAGACACCAUCGUCUGUCCGGUGUGCAGACACGUCACUUUCGUUACCAAACUGCGGGGACUCGAUGGAGAGAAGGAGAAACUCGCGAAGAUAUUAGAGGUGCCGCUCGGACCCUCAGCUGCUCCGAGGAUCAUCAACAGCAGGCGGUCCCGGCGCCUGGGACCCUGCUUGAGAUGGAUUUCAUCCAGAAUGAGCCGCCAAAGGCUGGCGUCUCCUAAAGACUCCUCACAGGUGUUCAUCAUAAGCGACCUGGGACGCCCUUUGGCUGAGGAAGACAUUAUUGAUGUUGGGACAAGUACGGUGAUUCGUGUGAACAGCACUGAUCAGUGCUGUGCACUGUGCACAACAUCACACUGCCUGCUCUUUCUUUUACUCAUUUUCACUUUCCUGGCUUUGAUAGCCGCAAUACUGCCUUGGAUUUUUCUGGCCUAAGGAUUAUUGCCUUUUGGAGACCUUUCUUUUGUGCUGGAACACACUACAAGAGUUUAUCUCAUUAUCUCUAGCCGCUUUAUCCUGUUCUACAGGGUCGCAGGCAAGCUGGAGCCUAUCCCAGCUGACUACGGGCGAAAGGCGGGGUACACCCUGGACAAGUCGCCAGGUCAUCACAGGGCUGACACAUAGACGCAGACAACCAUUCACACCUACGGUCAAUUUAGAGCCACCAGUUAACCUAACCUGCAUGUCUUUGGACUGUGGGGGAAACCGGAGCACCCGGAGGAAACCCACGCGGACACGGGGAGAACACGCAAACUCCGCACAGAAAGGCCCUCGCCGGCCACGGGGCUCGAACCCGGAUCUUCUUGCUGUGAGGCGACAGCACUAACCACUACACCACCGUGCUGCCCUACAAGAGUUUAUGAAUUAGUUUAUCAAUUAUUGACAUUGGAUAUUUUCUGACACUCUGCAGAUGUCAGAACAGAUGUGAAGCUUUCACUACAUUUCAUUUCACCGGCUUAUUUUGUAAUUAUUUUUGCAAACACAGGACACAAUGGGCUGCUUUGUCGACAAAGAACUGUUCAUCUUAAGCUGAUGUGUGUCGAGUUCUGCCUUGUGUGCCACUUCUACUAAAUUAUUAAUAUGAAAAAGUAUCAAGGUGAGCAAAAGAAGACCAGCCUGGCAAGCAGGUUGUUACUUUGUAAGAGGAGAUGUUUAUUGGAUAAAGUUUCAUCUUUUUCAAAUGUCAGGGUUCUGAGAAGGUGUAGAUGUGACUUAAUACUGCUUGCAUGCCUUCCUUUAGACACACCCUUGUUCUUCAAGCACUUCUUGUCACACAGGUUAGAAAAGUAGAUUUAUUUUCCGUCGUGACUUGCCAUGGACUUUUUCUAUGGUAUAUUGCUUAGUUGAGAUUUAGUUUGCUCUCAGGAAUAUUUACAAAUGCCCUUCAUAAGCAACAUAUUUAACAUCAUGUAUGUAUAUUUUAAUAAUAAUUAAAAAAAACAGACCAGAAAUAUUAAAAAUGUAGAGUUUAAUAUAGAUAUCUAUAUCUGACAUUCUGAUCAGGAUUGCGGUAGGCUUCACAGUACACACUGUGCUGUUCCACUGAUAUGCUAAGCUGAGGGGGAGGGAGGGGAGUGACAUACAGGCAAGUUUGUACAGAAGUUAUGAAUGCAGGGGAGAGGCUGUACAUCAAUGGACACUGUGCACUUAUACAUAAAUCCAUGACACUUCUUUAACCAGCUGUUCACACACUUGCUAUUUUCACCCUCUCCCCAGUUUACUGAUAACAUUUAAGAGUCUUAAAAUCAAUCAAAGAAACAUGAAUCAUAAAUUAUCUGAAGAGACUAAGUGCAUGCACUGCAUCGCCACAUCCACUUUCUGCAAUGUCAACUGGCAGCUUUCGGAGGUACAGACAUAUGAUGAUUAUACAUGUUAAACAUGCCUGGCUCUUGUCUCUUGUGUCAUUUCAUUAAUUGAAGCGCAAUAUAACUGAACUAAAGACCUGUGAAACAUGAAUGUGGUCAACCUAACCUUGCACAGCAGCACCUGAAUUCACAAAUAAGCUAUUUUCUUUAAUAAAGAAGGAACUUAAAUAAAUCAAAUCA